CACUGGGGAGGCUUCUGUUUCUUUCAAAAAUAACUCAGGAAAAGGAACUAAAUGGCAAGGCUUCUACGUGGAAAGAGGAAAAUUCAAGUAAUUAACGGAUCAAAUGAAGUGUAUUUCUGGUUUAAAGGACAGUGUACUUUUCUGGAGUCGUGUUCUUAAUUCAUUGAGCCUCUCAGCAAGGACGCAGCGUGGAGGGAGGGGCUGGGCGAGCUGGAGAAAGAUCGAAAGAAAGAGCAGUCUGAACCUGGGACCCAAGGCAGACCUAGAAAGGACGCAGAGGGAAAGGAAGGAACUGCCAUGGACCGAAAGGAAUGCAGUCACUCUGCGGGACCAUAUACAAAGAGUCAACAAGCUCAACAUGCCGGAGGAUCAGAGCUGAGAGUCAUUCUGGUGGGCAAAACAGGAACCGGCAAAAGUGCUACGGGGAACAGCAUCCUCGGGAAGGAAGCAUUUGAGUCCAGGCCGAGUGCCCAGUCCUUGACGAAGACUUGCAGUAAAAGUCGGGGAAGCUGGGGAGACAGAGAGAUGGUUGUCAUUGACACACCAGACAUGUUUUCUGGGAAGGGCCCCUCUGAAUCCCUGUACAAAGAGGAACAGAAGUGCUACUUACUCUCCGCACCAGGACCUCACGUGCUGCUCCUGGUGACACAGCUGGGCCGAUUCACCACGGAGGACCAGCAGGCUGUGCAGAAGGUGAAGGAGAUCUUUGGAGAGGAUGCCAUGAGACACACAAUUGUCCUCUUCACCCACAAGGAAGACCUCAAGGGAGGCUCCUUAAUGGAUUACAUCCAUGGCUCAGAUAACAAAGCCCUAAGCGAGCUGGUGGCUGCGUGUGGGGGGCGAGUGUGUGCCUUUAGUAACCGUGCUAAAGGGAGCAAUCGGGAUGACCAGGUGAAGGAGCUAAUGGACUUGACUGAGAGCCUAGUGAUGGCGAAGAGGGGUGGCCACUACAGCAAUAGGCUGUACAGCCUAGUAACAGGGUCAGAAUGUGCAACUGUGCAGUCAGAGGAAAGAUUACAGGACUUCAAAGAGAGCUUUGUAAAGUACACGGAAAUUCAGAGACGUUCAGCCAUGGCCAAAGCCCUAAUCCUAAUAGUGAUGUGUAUUCAGGUGUUUGUCAGAUUGCAAACUCGGUUAUUUCGUGUCUUGCACGGAAUGUGCAAUUUCUUUUACCGCUUACUGUUUACCAUGUGCCAUUUAUUCUGUCGCUUACUGUUAAUUAUACCCCAAAAAUUAAUGGUAAUUUUUAGAAAGACCAUUAGACGGGAAUGCAAGACUCCUAUAUUAUAGUUACAAUCAGUGGUUCUCUAUCCACUGUCAUUUAGUGGGUGAAUCACACACUGUACCUCCCUGUAGAACACAGUGCCUGACAGCACCAAACGUUUGAGAUUCUGUCAAGUGCUUAAAUCUUAACAUCAUUCUAUUUGUCAGUAAACCAAAUGAUUUUAAAAGUUACUGUUUGUAUUGAAAUAUAGCUUUUGAAACUUGUAAACAUAAAAUUCCUCUCAUUUGCAAAUCUCUAAAGUCAGUUUUAUGUCCCUAAAAACUCCUUUUCUUCUUUAUACUUACUAUUUCUACUGAAUAUAACAAAAAUAACAA